AUGGCCCCGUUUGUCCCCUACCACUACUCGGCGGGCCAGUCGACUAUUGUUAAAUUUGGCGGUCUUCUCACCACCGAAUUCCUUGAACCUCCACCGGGCCGUUGUUUUCUCUUCCGUCAGACAUACCGCCACAACAUUGAAGGCGCAAUCCCGGAAAACCUGCGCAAGAUCAUCAAUAGUCCCGAUCGACCAAAGGGUCCGCCGCCGCAUUUCCACCAAUUUCAAACCGAGUACUUCCGCGUCGAGAAUGGAGUGCUCGGUAUUUCAGUGGACGGGGUCGUCCGCCGCAUCACCCCAGAAGACGGCGAGAUCUCGGUCAAAGCAGGCAGUGUGCAUAACUUCUUCAUUCAUCCAGAUUCUCCCGAGAGCAUGACUGUCUACCUGAGUGCGUCGGACUCGGGGAACGACUACCAGCUCGAUCGGGUCUUCUUCGAAAACUGGUAUGGCUAUUGGCAUGAUGCGUUGUUGCAUGAUGGAGGGAUCGAUUGGAUCCAGUUCCUUGCGAUUCAAGACGGCGGGGAUGCCUAUACACCCGCUCCUGCAUGGGUCCCCUUCCGCCGACAGGUUGGAUACUGGACAUGUGUGAUUGUGGGCCGGUGGAUUGGGGGACUCCUAGGGUACAAGCCCUUCUUCCGGGAAUACACUACGGAUUGGGACUUUGCCGUCGCCAAGAUGAAGGGUUCAUUCUUCCAGCGGCAUCUGGUGCAUGCUGCAUUCGAAGAGGAGAAAUCCUGGGCCAAACAGGCAGCGCUGGAACCAAAGGCUAAGCCUGAAAAUGCUGAGUUUGAGCCGUGGGUGGAGGAUAUGUCUCCCGCCCCAUUGGCCCUGGGCGCAGUUGCGUAUGAACAGGGGCUGUUCAACGGCGUACAGCCCGCGUCGGUGAAUGGGUCCAAUGGUCACUCUACGGGGGUUGAGAGCAAGUUGGAGCAUCUAGGUUCUUGGACACAGCGACGGACAGUGGCCGAUGAUUCGGGCAAAUAG